AAAAUUGCAUGUUGCCUACAGCCAACAUUUGCUUCUUUGAAAAAUUAAAACGAAAGUUCCAACAAAAAUUAUUUUUAUGAUCCUGUUUUUCUCUUUGUUUGACUUCAUACAGAAGAGACUGUGAAGCCUUGCAUGCAAAGACACAGGGCUGGGUUCACUGAAAUUGUAUUUUUCCAUAAAGUAGAUGGAAAGCGUACAAUAUUUCCCCCCCUUUCACAGACUUUCGUUAACAGUCUUUCUUCCCAUAGAUAAUGGUUGGCAGCCAUGCACAGUGCAGAGGUUGUGUGCUGCACUUCUGAACAAAGUCCUGAAUCGAGCCAUUGUUUCCACUGAGAUAGCCCGCAUUUUUCACUGGACAGAGAGAGCAGGGUGUAAAAAAGGCACCUUGUGUGCAACUGUUGGCAAGGCUUGGAAGUGAAUUAAAAUGUGCACAAGGUCUGGGCAGCGCAGCGCUUCCCGGGCCGGAGCGGCGAGCAGCACGGUUAGCUCAGACAUUCCAAUGCAGUGAGGCAGCAGCGGGACGCGGCUCCGCGCCGCAGCGACCGGCAGAGGCGGCUCUUUCACAGCGGAUUCGCCUCCACACUGAGCUCCAUUCACAACGCGGUGACACGCGAUGGCGCGGCACCAGCUCCCGCGCUCCGCAGAUGAGGGCUCCGGAGCGCGGGGAUGCUGAGGCGCGGGGCAGCGCCGCGUGGGGAGCCGGGCUGGGUGCCCGAGAGAAAUAACCUCUUGGAUCUUAUGUGGUGAGAUGCAUCUUUGGGAUGGAUUAUCAUUUCAAACAUGGUCUCUGUCUACAAAGUGGCAACAAGAUAUACCCUGCAUAUGACAGAGAUGUUAACUGUAGGAAGCACAUUUUGAAUGUCUGUAUUGCACUACAAAACUGCUUUAAGAACAUCUAAAUUUCAUGCCAGUAAUCUACAGGCAGGAAAACUUUAUAGCCUGUUAAUAACAUACAUGCUUUGUAUUGUUAAGAAAAAAGGAUUUUUUUAAAUGUGUUUGUUUUCAUUCAGCACUGACUUUCUACACUGAAAUCAUGAAGAUCAGUGAAGAAAAACAGAACAGUCUCUAAAGCCUGUGUGUCAAGAUGACCUCUGAGGAAAAGGCAGCUUCUGUGCUUGUGUCUGUGGCACAGGGUAAAGUGAUAUCUGAUCAGUCAGCUGGAGAUGAAAAUAGUGAAAAUGCUUUGGACACCAAUGUUAUAAAAAGACAUAUUGCUAGUCAAGGAAGGCAGACUACACACAGUCUCUCGUACUUACACAGACUUGAAGAAGAAAAUCUUCGGGGCUCACUGCCCAAAAUUUUUUCUUUGGCAAAUGAAAAAAUGAAUGAUAACAGAAGCAAUGAAAACUUAUGGGAGAGAAAUGCAUGCAUUCCAGGUUCAGUGGAGUUUCUUAAUAUUAACUGUAACAUUAUAGAGAAAAGCAGCAAGAACAGUAUUCCAUGUAACCAGUUAUAUAAAUCAUGUGAUUCUUUAGUAGGGGAAGGCAUGUGCUUGGAAACUGGAAUUUCUACUUCAAUGGAAAGAACUAUGUUUGCUGAAAUUCAGUUGAAAAUGGAUGGACCUUCAGUAGAGAUGAAGUCAUUAAGAAACCAGUCAAUAGUAAAUAAAAGUGACACAGAUGAUGCUGAUAAUGUAGCAGUUUUCCACUUUCACUAUGCUAAUGAAAGAAAUAUAUCAAGAGCUCUGUGUGCAUUGCACAACAGCUUCAUUUUGGAUGACCAUUUACAGCCAGUAGAUCUUGGCAAAGAUCACAUGAGUGAUUCUGCAAGUUGCACUUGUAAGUUAAUGGAAUUGGCAAGUAAUUCUAAAUAUAAAAAUGGACAAAUGCUUUGUGGUAACUUUGACCCUUUAAAAGAUAAGUAUUUAUGUUUAGGAAGAGCACGAAAAGUUAAAGUGGCAAGUUCAGAUCACAGUUUCUGUGGAAAUAACUUUACUGGAAGAAUGCUCUCAAAGCCUUUUCUGAGUCAUUUUGAAGAUUGUAGUGAUGACUGUGAUGAAGAGUUGGAGGAAGAUUUCUUUAGAAAUAAAAAGGAGCGUUCUACCUUACUAAUAAGACGGUUUUGUAAAAAUGAUAAGGAAGUUAAAAAAUCAGUGUAUACUGGAACAAGGGCAAUUGUUAGGACUUUACCCUCUGGGCACUUAGGAGCUAUUGCUUGGAAUUUUGUUGAACAGAGGAGAAACAACAAUGGUUUGAAGCAUUGUAGGAGUACAAUGGAAAGUUUAACAAUAGUUCAAGCCUUAAUAAGACAGAAAUGUAAUUCCCAUCUUGUGAAAUCCAUAUGGUGUGAGAUCUUCAGUGCAGUGAGAGAAGAGGAGGAAGCAGGAGAUACUCUUAAAUAUUUUCCUUAUCCUCUGAGAAAGCUUCCGACGUUAAAUACAGUUUGUAGAUGCAAAGAUGAUGGCUAUUGUGUAAAAACAUGUGUACAAGGUGCUCACUUUCAAUACCGUACCACUUUACACAGGACUUCACUCUCUAACAGUAUUACUGGUGCUCUACUAGAAGCAACUACAUCACUGGGAGCAAGAAGUGGACUUCUAAAUAUAUUGGGAGGAUCAACUGGAAGGGCAAUGCUUAAAGAACGUCAACCGUGCACAUCAAUGGCUGGUUCAAAUGCUCUCCCCUCCAAUGUAGCUGGUAUCAGUAAAGAGCUGAUAGAACUGCAGCACCUCAUCCAGUUUCCAGAGGAAGUUGCAAGUAUCCUGACUGAACAGGAACAGGAUCUCUACCGAAAGGUCUUACCCAUUGACUACCUCUGCUUCUUAACCAGGGAUCUGGGUAAUGCUGAAUGCCACAGUAAACUUCCAUGUAUAAAAGAUUCCAUAUCUGCAACUAUUCUUUCCUCCCAAAAUGGUGAACACAAUGCUGUCGAAGAUCUUGUAACACGAUUUAAUGAGGUGAGCUCUUGGGUUACAUGGCUGAUCCUGACUGCAGGUUCUAUGGAAGAGAAACGAGAAGUCUUCUCAUAUUUAGUACAUGUGGCACAAUGCUGCUGGAACAUGGGCAACUACAAUGCUGUAAUGGAGUUCUUGGCAGGACUCAGGUCUAGAAAAGUUUUAAAAAUGUGGCAGUUUAUGGAUCAGUCUGAUAUUGAAAUCAUGCGGAGUCUGAAAGAUGCUAUGGCACAACAUGAAUCAUCUUCUGAAUACAGGAAAGUGGUAAAUCGGGCUCUGAAUAUUCCAGGCUGUAAAGUCGUUCCCUUCUGUGGUGUAUUUUUAAAGGAGCUUUGUGAAGUUCUGGAUGGAGCAGCAAGUCUCAUCAGACUUUGUCCACAGUAUAAUUCCCAGGAUGAAACAUUAGAGUUUGUUUCAGAUUACAAUGGGCAAGAUAAUUUCUUGCAAAGAAUAGGCCAAGAUGGUUUGAAUAAUCCAGAAAAAGAAUCAACAGCAAAUAGUAUCUUUCAGACUAUUCGGAGCUGUAAUCGCAGUUUGGAGUCUGAAGACGGAGAAGACAAUUUAAGUGAAGGAAGCAACUCGAGAAAAAACUCUUUGAAGGACAAAACCCGAUACCAGUUUAUAAUUGGAGAUAUCUCAGAUUCAGAAAGUGACAUUUUUGAGCAACUGAAAGAGUGGGAAACUAAUACAACUGAAGAGCAGCAGAAAGCAUUCAGCCAUGGAAUAGAGCUUAUUCCCUGGUAUGUGUUAUCAAUCAGAGCCGAUGUCCAUCAGUUCAUGCUACAAGGGGCAACUGUCAUACAUUAUGACCAGGAGACACAUCUCUCAGCACGCUGUUUUCUUCAGCUUCAGCCUGACAAUAGUACUUUGACCUGGAUAAAACCCACCACAGCUUGUCCUGCAAAUACCAAGGCAAAACUGGGCAUUCCAGUUAGCACUGCAGACCUUGGUAAAUUCCAGUUUCUUGGCAAUACUGGAUUAAAUGCACUGGUAGAAGGUUCCCUGGACGUGUUUUUAAUAAAGGCUGUGUACAUGGGACAUCCUGGCAUUGAUAUGCACACUAUGUGUGUUCAGAAUAAACUUUGUGGUAUGUCCCUUGAAGAGAAUGGCGUAACACUUCUGUAUGGACUUCAGACUACUGAUAAUAAGUUGCUGCACUUUGUGGCUCCCAAAUAUACUGCCAAGAUACUAUAUGAUGGAUUGCUGGAAUUAACAAAAGCUGUAAGAAAAAUGAGGAAAUUUCCUGAUCAGAGAUUGCAGUGGCUACGGAAACAGUAUGUCAGCCUUUACCAGGAGGAUGGCAGGUUUGAAGGCCCAACCUUGGCCCAAGCUGUAGAGCUGUUUGGAGGUAGGCGCUGGAGUGCAAGAAACACAAGUACAGGACUUACAAAAAGCACUGAGAAACCCAAUAUGCAGAGAAACAACACUUUGGGGAUAACCACAGCAAAGAAAAAGAAGAAAGUACUCAUGAGGGGUGAAAGUGGAGAUGCCACAGAUGAUGAGAUGGCAACUCGUAAGACAAAAAGUUAUAAAGAAUAUCGUAAUAGAAGUGGUUCAGAUCCUCAAGACAUUGAAGAGCAAGAAGAAUUAGAUCAAAAUAUCAUGAUUAAUGCCUCUACCUCUAACACACUGCCCUCUAGAAGAGCUCAGUCCCUGACUGCAUCUGGAUCUCCUAACUUAGCAAUUGCAGCACCUUCACCAGUGAGACCAGUUUCCUCUCCUGUAAUGUCAUCUGCAAGCAAGAGUCAGUCUAGCACAUGGAGCAGCAGUAGCUGGCAUGGCCGAGUUAAAGGAGGAUUGAAGGGGUUUCAGAACUUCAUGGUUUCUGACAGUAACAUGAGUUUUGUUGAAUUUGUAGAACUCUUCAAAUCUUUCAGUGUUCGCAGUCGCAAGGAUCUUAAAGACCUUUUUGAUGUCUAUGCUGUACCCUGCAAUCGCUUGGACUCUGAUUCUACUCCACUUUAUACCAAUCUGAAGAUUGAUGAAAACACCAGUGGACUCCAGCCUGAUUUAGAUUUAUUGACCAGGAAUGUUUCGGACCUUGGUUUGUUCAUUAAGAGCAAACAGCAACUUUCAGAUAACCAGAGACAAAUAUCUGAUGCUAUUGCUGCUGCUAGUAUUGUAACGAAUGGUACAGGAGUAGAAAGCACAUCGUUAGGAAUAUUUGGAGUAGGCAUUCAGCAGCUUAAUGACUUCUUAGUGAACUGCCAAGGAGAACACUGCACCUAUGAUGAAAUCCUCAGUAUUAUCCAGAAGUUUGAACCCAGUGUCAAUAUGUGCCAGCAGGGACUGCUUUCAUUUGAAGGAUUUGCAAGAUUUUUGAUGGAUAAAGACAACUUUGCCUCCAAAAAUGAUGAAUCACAAGAAAAUGUUGAAGAAUUACAAUUUCCACUGUCAUAUUAUUACAUUGAGUCUUCACACAAUACUUACCUCACAGGCCAUCAGCUUAAAGGAGAAUCCUCAGUAGAGCUUUAUAGCCAGGUUCUCUUACAAGGCUGCAGGAGUGUGGAAUUAGACUGCUGGGAUGGUGAUGAUGGAAUGCCUAUCAUUUAUCAUGGACAUACACUCACAACUAAGAUCUCUUUUAAGGAAGUAGUUGAAGCUAUUGAUCGCAAUGCCUUUAUCACCUCUGACAUGCCAAUCAUCAUAUCUAUAGAAAACCACUGUUCAUUACCUCAGCAACGCAAAAUGGCUGAAAUUUUCAAGAAUGUAUUUGGAGAUAAGCUGGUAACUAAAUUUUUAUUUGAGAGUGACUUCUCUGAUGACCCUAUGCUCCCAUCACCUGACCAACUGAGAAGAAAAGUUCUACUUAAAAACAAAAAACUCAAAGCCCAUCAAACUCCAGUGGAUAUAUUAAAGCAAAAGGCACACCAACUAGCAUACAUGCAAGCACAGGCUAGUAAUGGUGCUAAUGUUGUUAACCCCACAACUAAUGAAGAGGAGGAGGAUGAAGAGGAUGAAUAUGACUAUGACUAUGAAUCUCUCUCAGAUGCUGAUGUCCUUAAUGCUUCCCCUGCUCCUAACAGCCAGGAAGAUAACAUUCUGGAAGACCGACCUGAAAGUAAGUCAACUGGGGAUAAGCUACAGUUUGAAUAUAAUGAAGAAAUUGCCAAGAGAAUAAAGAAGACUGAUUUCAUUACUUACAGCAAUAAAGGAAAGGUUUAUGAUAUGGAAUUGGAUGAAGAAUUUUAUCUUCCACAAAAUAAGAAAGAAAGUAGACAGAUAGCACCAGAGCUUUCAGAUCUUGUCAUCUACUGCCAAGCUGUGAAAUUCCCUGGCCUGUCAACUCUAAACCCAUCUGGCUCUAGCAGAGGAAAGGAAAGAAAAAGCAGGAAGUCCAUUUUUGGAAACAACCCUGGCAGGCUGAGCCCUGGAGAGUCAGCAACACUUGCCAAAGCAUCUGGAAAAGGUCCUUUUGAUGUUGUGCGGCAGACCUGGGAAGAACCUUGUUCUCCUUCUUUCAACCCUACAACUUCUCUCAGUGCAAUCAUAAGGACACCUAAAUGUUAUCAUAUCUCCUCAUUGAAUGAAAAUGCUGCCAAACGGCUGUGCAGACGGUAUUCUCAGAAACUGAUUCAGCAUACCGCCUUUCAGCUAUUGAGAACAUACCCUGCUGCCACACGCAUUGACUCGUCAAAUCCCCAUCCUCUUAUCUUCUGGCUCCAUGGAAUACAACUGGUGGCACUUAACUACCAAACAGAUGAUCUCCCUCUGCAACUUAAUGCAGCAAUGUUUGAGGCUAAUGGUGGCUGCGGAUAUGUUUUGAAACCUCCUGUUCAGUGGGAUAAGAACUGUUCAAUGUACCAGCAGUUUUGUCCUUUAGAACGUGAUCUGGAUAAUGUGGAGCCAGCAAUCUACGCUUUAACGAUUGUGUCUGGACAGAAUGUUUGUCCAAGCAACAGUACAGGAAGUCCCUGCAUUGAAGUUGAUGUACUUGGGAUGCCUUUGGAUAGCUGCCAUUUCCGCACUAAACCCAUUCAUCGCAAUACUCUCAACCCUAUGUGGAAUGAACAGUUUCUCUUCCGAGUUCACUUUGAGGAUCUGGUCCUUCUUCGAUUUGCAGUUGUGGAAAACAAUAGCUCAGCUGUAACUGCGCAAAGAAUCAUUCCACUCAAGGCUCUAAAAAGAGGAUAUAGACAUGUCCAGCUGCGAAACCUGCAUAAUGAAGCCUUAGAAAUCUCAAGUUUGUUUGUAAACAGUCGGAGGAUGGAAGAACAUUCCUCUGGAAAUGCUAUGCCUGCCUCCUUGCUGUUUGACACAGAGGAGAGGAGAGCUUCAGUGACAUACAAGGUUACAAUUCAUGGGAUUCUAGGCCCAGAACCUUUUACUGUUUUUAAUAUAAGUGGAGGGACCACAGCAGCACAGCUUCUUCACCAAAUCUUGGCUUCCACAAAGAGCACCGAAUCAUCGUGUGCAGCAGACUAUUUUCUGAUGGAGGAAAAAUCAUUUAUAUCUAAAGAAAAAAGUGACUGCAAGAAACCGCCAUUCCAGAGACUCAUUGGUCCUGAGGAAGUGCUGGUACAGAUUUUAAAUAGUUGGUUCCCUGAAGAAGGAUAUGUUGGAAGAAUUCUCUUUAAAACCCGAGAGGAAAAUUUGAAUGAGCGAAACUUCUUCCAAGAGGAAAAAGAAGAAGCAAAUAUCAGCUCUGAGGAUGAUAGUUUCUUUGUUCAAGUGCACGAUGUUUCCCCAGAGCAACCUCGCACUGUGAUCAAAACCCCCCGAUUUAGCACAGCUCAAGAUGUUAUACAACAGACUCUUUGCAAAGCCAAGUAUUCCUACAGCAUUCUGAACAAUCCCAACCCGAAUGACUAUGUCCUCUUAGAAGAGGUGACAAAAGAGCCAACAAACAAAAAGUCUUCAACACCUAAACCAUCUCAGAGGAUUCUCUCUGAUCAAGAGUGUGUGUUCCAGGCUCAGAGCAAGUGGAAGGGAGCAGGGAAAUUUAUCCUGAAGUUGAAAGAACAGGUUCAGGCAGCACGGGAUGAUAGAAGAAAAGGCAUUUCAUUUGCUAAUGAAUUUAAGAAGUUAACCAAGUCAAGUAGGCAGUAUAGAGGUUUCAUAUCACCCCCUCUGCAGACUUCACCAGAUGGUACCCAGAGCAAAGAUGAAAAAUCUGCAUGUAGUUUGACAUUUAGUGACAUCAUGGAAUAACACCCACAAUUAACUGCAAUAUGCUCUAUUCAGGUGAUUAUAAAGCCUUAGAAUGGCAAAACCAAAAAGUCAGAUGGAAGCCAUGAGAAGCAGAGUAAGUGAUGAAGACAGAUCCCGGUCGUAUUCCCUCUUCUUCCACAAGCCUUUUCCCUUGUUUGAUAACUGGAACCUACAUCACUGAUUACUGAAUUAACAUCCCUUUCUGCAGUCGAUGUGAAGGAAACUGCUGAGGCCUAGACUACUCAGCAACAAGCUGACCUGCACUAAGUCAUUAGUCCAGACUAUGCUUCCAGAGGCAGGCCUGGGAAUGCAGAGUGGCAUGACAUUGUUCCUAGUGUUUGGAAGGAUGACUCCAGCAUUUGGGAGAGAUUUCGUUCUGCCCCACUGUCUGCAGAGUCUGGAGAGGAGGAUUAAGCAGGCUUUUGGAUUGCUUGUAUGUAAAGCACGUGGCUUUUAACAAAAGAUAUUUUAGUAAAUUGCCUCAAGGGAAACUAAAGGCAGAAAAUUAGAACUAGACUGUUCUGUUUUGUGUAUUAUAGUAAAAUAAUGCACUUUUAACUAAAGGCUCCUGUUAAACACUGUGCUAGGUGACUGUAAAAAGAUUUUCAUAUGCUGUAACUUUCUUGGUAUCACAGAUUUAAUUUUGAUGAAUAUAUACAAAAUACUUCAUAGUUAUUUAUGGAUUAUUUACUUUCACAAAAAAUAAUAAUAAUGUAUAGCAGCUAUAUACACCUAACUGGUAGUGAUACUUUGACAAGGAACAAUAUUUUCUUUAUUCAGCUUCUAAUUUUCCAGGCCUGUGUUUAAAAUAAAAAUGAAUAUUUAUUUUCAUGUUGCAAGGUAUGUGCCAGUAUGUAAUAUAUUUAUCAUACCUUACUUAUUAAAAUUGAAGAAUUCUUAGAGAAAAAUUAUUCACUUUUCUAAUGUUUCUUUUCAAGCAAAAAAAGUAAAUGUACACUUUUAGUAGCUAAAACUGACCCAAAUUUAAUGGCAUCUGGAAAAAUAAAAUUGCUUAAAAUUUCACUUCUGAGUUCACACUAAAAUUGUUUCUUAAUAACAUAAUGGAAUGGAUGGAAAAAUAAUUUAAAAUUGUUCAUCUGUAACAUUAGUAGUGCAGUUCUCCAAGGUAUUUUUUUUAAUUGAAGAAAAAUUUUUCUUAAACCCAGAGAGUAUAAAGAACACCUGGACUAUUGGAUUUAUUUUUCAAUAUAAACCUUGCUGUUUUUGUUUACAUAGAAACACUGUUGUAAAGUUUUGUACAUUUGCUGAAAUACUAUUCUUUCAAUAUUUUAAGUAAGUUGUUAGCUAUGGGUGUCUCUUUUCCUUUUGUGCAAGUAAUUAGCAUGCUAAGUGUUAUUAACAGUAAUUUAUACCAACUUGUACACAGCUAAAACAUCCAUCCUAACAGUCUAACUGUGAUCACUAACUUGCUCUGCACACACAAGUCCAUGAAUGGCAUCUAGGGAGAUAAGUCAUGCAGUCUGAUCAACUGAAGUGUGGAUCAUUCAUUUCGUCAGAGGUCUUCUGUUCCUCAACAUGCCCUUCAGCUCUAGCAGAAAAAGCUGCUGUUUCUAAGGAGAUCACAUGUAGUGCAGUUAAAGAGAUGUUUGCUUAUCAUUUGGAGAAGAGUAAAAGGUCCUGAUUGCAAUCUUGUAACAAUCCAGACAAGAUAAAGAGAGGUACUGAAUCCAAUAAAUUUAAAGUCAAACAGAAGAAAGCAAAGUCAUCAGUACAUUUCUAAACAUAAAGGAGAAGCUGCAUGCUACCACCACAAACCAAUGUGGGAGUGACCAUCCCCUUGUACGUGCGCAGAAAGUGCCCCCUUGAGGCCUUUUCCAGCGUCUUUAAAAAGUUGAAUUAAUAAAAAAAAGCAAACCUGCUCAUUGCUGGCCUGGCAGCUCCUUCAGCAACUGGCUCCAACACCAAGCAUCAGAACUGAAAGAUACUAUUUGACAACUUAUUGGGAGAUUUAAAUCUCUCAUUAGCCCACUUGAAAAAUGCAGUAAACUACUAGCUAAGCCUCUUCCAGUAUCUGAUUCCAUUUUGAAAUUUAAGGAAUGAGCAAUAUUUUCAAGUAAACCACUUUAGUUUGCCACUUCUCUAAAACCACUGAAGAAGAUUAAGGGUAAACUUUUCCAAGUGUCUCAGGAAUAAUGUAGAAACCUAUGUCAGUGACUUUACACGAGAUUUAAGUACCUAACCUGCUCAGGUUUUUAUUUAAAAAAAAAAAAAAAAAAAAA